AGAACUACAUUACCCAUGAUGCCACACGUCUACGUGAACUACGCACUUUCUAGAAGCUUGCGGAGUGUUCUGGCGCUGCGGGAGAGCCAAGUGGAGGCCAAAAGCUCCACAGACUGCGUACCUCGGCUCAUUCCCCGGCCUCUCUGCUCAGCAUCGGCCUACGACCGACCAGGGAUCAUUUCGAGCAACUUCAGACGCUUUUGUGCACGAAAGAAUCGCAUUUUAAACGGGCCAAACCUGCACGACCAGUCCCAAAACACCAUACAAGAGCAUCGAGAGAGCGACAGCUGCACAGACUGUAGCGGGCAGCUCUAGCAUGCAUCAGCCCGCCCCCGUGGCUCAGCUGGGUCUGCUGCCCCCCAUGUACCCCUUCUGUGCCCCCAGCAGCCUCCCCGAGUUUAGCCUGGGAGCUCCAGUUUCAGCUCCACACCUGCACAAGCCCGCACACUUCUCCAACAGCCUUAGUGACCUGUUCUGGGGUGUAAUGUCCUCUCCUCCCUCCUGCAGCUGGGAGACCAGGUGUCUGAGGAAACACCGACGGAGAGCACACGAUGAAGUGUGCAGUGCCAAACGCAGACGCCUCAUGGAGACAGAGGGGGCGCUCUCAGACAGCUGCACUCCUCAGCCAUCAGUGCAGUGGGUCAGGGGAGAUAGCUGCUCCUCUGUGGCUCCCGCUAGUGGCCCCACUCUGCCCUGUCCCUCUGCUCACACGGCCCCCGCCCAGCCUGUACCAGGCCCCCACAGCUCCUGCAUGGAGGUGGAGGCGGCUCAGAGGAGACUGCGGGAGAUCGAGGACAGAAUCACGCUGGAGGACGACUCGGACUCAGAGCUGGAGGUGGAGGUGUGCCCCCGGAGGCCGGUGCUGGUACUGUCAGACAGUCUGAAGGAGGGUCUGCAGAGAGGACUGAGUGACAUCCUGCCUCACACUGUGGCCCAGUCUGUGUUUAACCUGGAUUUCAACAGUGAACCUGGCAACCCAAAGGAAAGACUUAUGAGCCACUCGUGCAUGGAGCUGGUGUUGUGGCGGCCCCCAGAGGACCCCCUGAGCCACAGGUUAAAGGAGUCCCUCCAGAGGCAGCGCAGACAGCAGCAGAGCGGGCCCCGGCAGCCCCCCACACCCUGCCCCUCCCCGGCCCCUCACAGAGACCCCCCCCUCUCCCCCCUGUACAGCUGCCCCGCCCCCGUGCCCAUGCCCUUGCCCAGCCCGGGGAGCCAGGGGGAGGAGGCCAUGGAGAUGUGACCCGCUGAAGUCACACUCACAGUGGCACUCGGUCAACUGCACUAGGCUCCACAUCUGGGACUUUAAUGGAAGGACUUAAAAAUGUACGUGUGCGAGGACCAUAUUUGUGUUUGUUCAUGUGGCCAGCCAUACGCCCCCUGUGUCCUGGGACCUCUCCACACACACUGUUGGAUUCUCACAGAUCAGCCAAGCGCUUGCACUUUUUUCUGUGCUACAAGUUUUUGCUGUGUCUGUCAUUUUGGAAAUGAAUUGGGCACAGGAAGGGCUGCACUAAUGAGUCAUUUUCUAAUCGAUGAAUUCAGUGAUUAUUCUUUUGUUCAGUUAAUGAGUUAUUAGAUUGCAAAAGGAAUACAAAAUCUGACAUCUUUGCUUAAGUGAAUCUGCUCAAGGACAUGCUGAUUGGAAUUUAUUUUCAGACAAAUGAGUUCAUCAGAAACACAAAAUGGACACUUGCUAGGCCUGUCACAGUAACACAUUUGGAGGAUAAUACUGAAUCUACUGAAGUGUGAUGAUCCCAGUAAAUCUUUUGUUAAAGAAACUAUAUUACGACCUAUAUUAUCUCUGUUCUAAUGCAGUUUCAUCAUCACAAACAGACUGGAGUUGUGUUUUGUUUCAUUCACACAUGUUUAACACACCAACCCUGCACAGUUAGUUCUUCUCUCAAACUGAAAACACUCUGAUCUACAUUAUGACAUCCUUUGGUGAUACAGGACGUGCUCUACUGUUUUUUAAACUCCAUACACCUUAAACAAAAGGUAAAUGUAGCUGUUAACUUGAAAACUACCACUACGUGACAUCACAAGGUGGAACAGAGCAUUUUGAGCUUUGGAAAUGUAGAGAGACUAAUAAUAAAGGGUUCCUCAAACACAUGUGAAUGAAACGGAACACAACCCCAAGUAUCGUUUGAUGAAGUAAUACUAUAUCAUACCUGUAGCUUAAAUCUGACAAGAGUCAAUUUUGUUUAAUCAAAAUAAUAACUUUAAAAAACAAGAAAAACAAGUGGUUCAAUAAAUAGAAAGACAUUUUAAUUCAGUGUUUCUCAAACCGAGGAAUGCAAGCUCCAUCAGGUGCUACCUGGAGCUCUUCAGUUUGUGAGUUUGCUGUGAUCCUUUCGAUCGUUUCUUUUUUCGAACUGCAGUGGAAAUGAUAGUCCACUUUUAGACCUGGUUUAGUCCUGGAUUAGACCUGGAAUAGUCAAGUUAUACAAUUUCAGCUUGUAUUCAGAAAGUCAAAUCUUUUUCUUGGGAAUUGUUGGUGUGAAACAUUUGAGAAACACUGCUUGAGUUAGUUCUGGAAUUAGUCAUCAUCAAAUCUCUUAAAAAACCCACCAGGGUAAAAACUGAAGCCUUUAAAAUUCCUGUUCUAGCUCUAAUUCAUCACUGACUAUAAGUUCAUAUAGUACUCACUGUGACAGGCCUUGCAUUCGCUUUGUGUUUUAGAUGUCAUUCCUGCCCUGUCCUCGUCCCUUUUGUAACACAUGGCAUGUUUUUGGAGUGUGUGUAUAGACCCAGUAGCCAUUAUUUGAUGAUUUAAUUCCAAUAACUGAUUCAUUGUGAUUAAUGGUUGAACUUGUCCCCGCUCUUGUCACAUAUGUCUUUCCUUCUGUCAUUGGUUGACUCUGCACCUUAAAACCUCUUUCAAACCGAGCAGGACCACACAGACAAUGAUAGCUUGGUUUUGUGUUGCACUUUUGAAACUCUCGAAGCGCUGGUGUAGACCGAUGGAAGUGUGUCUGCCAAUCUGUGCCACAUUCAUAUGCAGGCAAGCUAGUAGAAGUGUCCUGUGUAAGGACGCUUUCACCACUGGGCCACAACUGCCCUGUGCUUCUGUUAAACACAUGGACGCACAGACAUGGAGGUUCAUGCUGUGUUCUCUUCCUGCUGCCUGUAAUUAGCUCCCCCUGCUGUUGUAACGCUGCAGUAACAGGGAGACAAUCAUUUGCCACUCAACACGUCCAGUUCCAGCUUUAUCUGCUCCCAUACUCUUCAUACUCCCAUAAUGCUCCUGUCUGCUCCUGACCGCUGGCUGGCUUGAAGGCUUCAUGUGUCUGCCUUAUAAACUCGCCUGCUUCUGCUUGCCAAAGUUGUGUGUUGAAUCCUGACUUCAUUUUGUAUGUUGAAUGUUGUUUUGUACUUUGAUACUUGCUGUUGUAAGAUCACUGCAGCCACAGCAGAAUAAACUGAACUUUGUUUAA